AAUAAUAUAUUGUUGUGCAGGUAUAUACAAUAUUAAUUUUUAUUAUUUUUUUUUUACCUAAAAGAUUCUCCCGCAAUAGAAAAAUACAACGCAACACACCACGCGCGCCUCAAACAACGAUUUUUUAGCGACAACUCUCCACCAUUUUCGGGGAGUUUUUUUUUUUUUUUCUUUAGGGUGGGUUUUUUUUAAGCUCCGAUUCCGAAUCUCACACACUCACUUUCUCUCUCUCUCUCUCUCUCUCUCUCUCUCUCUCUCCAUUACGAAACCCCAUGCCGAUGCCCCUCCUCCGCCGCAUCCAUGCCUCUCUCCCAUUUCCACCUCUCCACCACCACCACCGCCACCUCCGCCUCCACGGCUCGCUACGCCUCCUCCCCACCCGAGCAACGCCACCGACAGGGAGGAGGAGAAGAAGCGCAUUGGCGAUCCCUCCGCGGGCCUCCGUGGAUCCGGCGAUGGCUGCCGCCGACGGCGACAGCGGCGGCGGAGAGGGGCGGCGGGGGGUGGUGGCGCGGGUGGGGGAGGCGCUGUCGCUAGGGUUUCCGGUGUGGGUGGGGUCGGCGUGCCUCGUCGCGCUGUGGCGGCCCCGCGCGUUCCUCUGGGUCGGCCGGAGCUCGCAGAUCGUCGGGAUCACCCUCACCAUGCUCGGAAUGGGAAUGACGCUAACGCUCGACGAUCUGCGAGCUGCGUUGCUGAUGCCGAAGGAGUUGGCUGCUGGAUUUGUACUCCAGUACACAGUGAUGCCGCUGUCGGGAUUCUUAGUAAGCAAGCUGUUAAAUUUGCCAUCCUAUUAUGCUGCUGGGCUGAUACUUGUAGCAUGCUGUCCUGGAGGUACGGCGAGUAACAUUGUCACCUAUCUUGCAAGAGGAAAUGUAGCACUUUCGGUGCUUAUGACGGCGGCAAGCACUUUCGCUGCAGCGGUUAUGACCCCUUUGCUUACAUCCAAACUAGCUGGACAAUUUGUCGCUGUGGAUCCAAUGGGCCUCUUCAUGUCAACUGUCCAGGUUGUGCUUGCACCUGUUCUACUGGGUGCCAUUUUGAACCAGUAUUGCAGCGGCCUAGUUGAGUUGGUGUCUCCCUUUAUGCCAUUCGUCGCCGUUGCCACCGUAGCAAUUUUGUGCGGUAGUGCUAUAGCUCAGAAUGCUUCGGCUAUCCUUUCAUCCGGGUUGCAAGUUGUACUCUCUGUAUGUUGUCUUCAUGCCUCUGGGUUUUUCUUUGGGUACGUGCUCGCUAGGAUGCUGGGAAUUGAUGUCUCCUCUUCUCGCACUAUCUCUAUUGAGGUCGGCAUGCAGAAUUCGGUGCUUGGUGUAAUGCUUGCCGGCCAGCAUUUCAGCAAUCCUUUGACAGCAGUACCAUGCGCUGUUUCGAGCAUCUGUCACUCAGUGUAUGGUAGUAUUUUAGCCGGAAUAUGGAGGUGUACGCCCCCGAAAGACCAAAAAGACUAAUGCAUGAAGUAUGAAGCCAUCGGAAAAACUUGCGAGCCUUGCCGUAAAUUCAUCAAAGUUCAUCCAAAAUUUAUGUUGAAAAUCUCGAGGAAGUGCGAGUGGGACGCAGAUUGUUCCACGGGGAUUUCUGAUCAGAUCAAGGGCGGUUCUGCCACAAGGAGAUCAUUGAUAUGCCACAGGUUCUCUCAUUCUAUGAACAAAUGUGAAGAUCAGUGGAUUCUUUGAUUUAAAUCUUUUCAUGGGUUCUCUAAUUUGUUUAUCGGUUAAGCUCUCUUUCAGGCCCAAGCUGUAUCUGGGUGUUGUGGAGGUGGAACAAUAUUAAUUGCAGAUUUCUUUUCUUUUCUUUUCUUUUAACUUUUAGGCAAGGAGUUCUUUAUACACUGUUUGGUAGAACCUGAUAAACUCUGCCUAAUAAACAGGGUUCCUAUCGGCGACCAUUUUAUUGAGAGAAA